CUGCUGGACGAGUGAGCGUACUCUCAAAAAACGAUCUUCGUUACGCUCUGACGCCAGCCGUAGCUUGGUAAAUCUGCUGAGAGUGUGCGUGUGUUGGAGGUGUUUAGCUCCUCGUUAAAGAGCUUCAGCAACAUGAACAGCGUGGGCGAAGCCUGCACGGACCUGAAGCGGGAGUACGACCAGUGUUUUAACCGCUGGUUCGCCGAGAAGUUCCUGAAGGGAGAGAGGAGCGGCGACCCAUGCACGGAGAGUUUCCGGGUGUACCAGCGCUGCGUGCAGAAGGCCAUCAAGGACAAGGACAUCCCCGUCGACGGACUGGACUUCAUGGGGCCCAACAAGGACAAGCCUGAGAGCUGAUGUCCUCGCUGAGGGACCAAUAAGUCAACUCUCCCAGCGCCGAACGGCCCCAUCGAGGCUGGGCCUUAUGAGCAUGCGCACAGAAAGAGCUCAACCGGAACUGAAGUUGUUUUUUUUAGUAAUUGGAACAAAACGUGAAUUCUGGAUUGAACUGAUGUCUGCUUUUUUAAUAGCAUAAACAACUUUGAAUGUCGACGGAAGUGCAUUGAUCAACAUUAACAAUCUUAUUAGCACAUUUAAUAUACGUCUCCUCAUUCACAGUACACUGUUUUUCAAACACAUGAUUUGGACCUUUUUGUUUCUUUACGUUUGUUUUUUUCCACCAUAUUUGACCCUUGGAGCACACUGCAGACACGGAUGAUGAAGACAAGACUUUUCUCUGCGAUCUUUGCAGCAAAACAGAGUGUCAUUUUUGUGAUGAUUGAUGUUCAUUGCCCAAUAAAAUGUCUGCUUUGUUCUGA